AUGACAAUAUCCGCCUAUCCUAAGAACAUUCGUGCAUGUCUUUUUGACAUGGACGGCACUUUAAUCAACUCCGAAGACGUGUAUACAGAAACCAUCUCUGAAGCUUUGGCAGAAUAUGGUGCCGGUCCUUUGACUUGGGAUCUUAAGAUCAAGUUGCAAGGGUUGCCAGGCCUUGUGUCCACCAAAUUAGUUCUUGAACACUACAAAAUCGCUGACAAAACUACCCCAGAAUCAUUUUUCAAAAGAACCACCGAGCUUCAGUACUCGAAAUUUCCUAAUUGUAACUUCUUGCAGGGGGUUCCGGAAUUAUUGACCCAUCUUAAACUGAACAAGGUCCCAAUGGCUGUGGCAACUUCUUCUAUCAAAGAAACCUUUGAUUUGAAGACCUCUAAGCUUAAACCAAAUGGUUUUGAUUUGUUCGAUGUCAUCAUCACUGGUGAUAAUGCUGAAAUUCCAAAGGGAAGGGGCAAGCCUAACCCAGAUAUCUAUUUGCUUACUUUGAAAAAACUUAAUGAGAAAUUAGGGUAUCAUGGUACCGAUGAAGAAAUUCAACCACAUGAAUGUUUGGUGUUUGAAGAUGGUGUUCCUGGUGUGUUGAGUGGUAUUAAUGCUGGCUCCUACGUUAUUUGGAUUGCUGAUAAGAGAGCCUUGAAAGUUUUGAAUGGUCAAGAAGACGAAAUCAUCAAUUCUAAAGGGGAAUUGAUCGACAGUUUCGAGACUUUUGACAUCACGAAAUUUGGGAUUUGA